ACGCCGCUCCGUUUGACGUUGUCAUUUUGUGGGGCUUUUGAAAAAUGUUUUCACUUUCUCGAUACGCACUGCGGAGCUCACGAAAUUUCGCACUUAUUGCUAACAAGAGCAGGUGCAACUCGCCUCUAUUGAAAACCAGAGUCAACGUGCUAUCUGCCCUACUAGUGGGCUCCUUUUCGGAUUCUCGUCAGGGGCAUAACAACAAUAAUAAAAACAACGACGGCGGCAACGGCAGCACAAAAGAUUCCAGCAAAGCCAACAUGGAGAAUAAAAGCGAAAAGAUUACUGUAAACAAAGAGGAGCUGCGCAAACGUCUAACGCCGAUGCAAUAUCAGGUUACACAAGAAGCCGGCACUGAGCGCCCCUUCACAGGCUGCUACAACAAGCACUACGAGAAGGGGGUCUACCAGUGCAUUGUCUGUCACCAGGAUCUCUUUAGCUCAGAUACAAAGUACGAUUCUGGCUGCGGCUGGCCGGCGUUCAAUGAUGUGCUGGACAAAGGGAAAAUCACCUUACACCGCGAUGCGAGCAUACCAGGGGGCAAUAUUUUACUACUAAUUACACAUCCAGAACGCCAAAGAAUCGAAGUGCGAUGCGCCAGGUGUUCCGCGCAUAUGGGACACGUUUUCGAGGACGGACCGAAGCCUACACGCAAACGUUAUUGCAUUAACUCAGCCUCCAUUGAAUUUGUCCAGGCGGGCGCUACAUCAACAGGAACGGCGCCAGCUUUAAGUCCUCAAGGUACGCCCAUUGCACAACAGUAAAACUGUGAGAUAUUAGAAUGUAGCUGCAGCUGGAUACAAUCAACGAGUACGAAACAAGUGCGAAAGAGUCUAACUUCAAUGUUGAUGUUAAGAGUUUAUACAUGUAUUUUCUAUAACUUUCUGUAACUGUGUCCAAUAGCAAUUUAGCAAACUUAGUUUACACAAUUGGGCAAUUAGUUCUGCAAGUUUUGUACAGUGAUCAAUCAGCUAAAAUUUGUAAGCGAUCACUGUACCUGAUAUCAAAUCAAUUUCAAAAAACCUCCGUCUUACUGUGUACAUAGGUAAAGUUUUUCUCUUUUAUUUUGUUUGUUAUACAUUUGUACGUCACACAUGCUGUUUAAAUACUUUGUAAUACAAAACACAACAUACAUUACUAAUUUUAAAUUGUGCGCGCUAAAUAAACGUGUAUUUUU